AAAAAAUACUCUUUUGGAAUGACGUUGCUAAAAGCGGAAGUCGCCGCGUUGUGGACUUCCCGGUUGCGCGGCUACCUUAGCCUCCCCGACGAGCUGACAAACUUUGUUACAAUGACGGGGACGCUGUAAUAUUUACUGUUUCACAAUGUGGAGCAUGUGGUUAUAUGUUUUUCUGCCUCAUUUUUGUUUCUCCGGCGCUUUUAAGUCAAAAAUUACAGGGGAAGAAAACAGCGAAGCUGACGCCGAAAUUGAUGCGCUUCAUUCCAUUCUGUCGGAUUUUGAGGUUCUACCAGUGUCAGACCUCCAGUUGCACUCUGUGAGGAAGAGGGACGUGAACACCGCAUCUCACCUGGAGCGCCUGGUCAGCUUCAGAGCCUUGCACAGAUAUUUCAAGCUAUACUUGACCACAAACACAGACCUUUUCACGAAGAACUUCCAAGUUGUGUUUGUUGACAAGCUCGGAAGGCAGGAGAACUAUGAUGUCCAGCGUCAGAACUAUUUCACAGGACAUGUUGUAGGUGACGAAAACUCUCGUGUGCAGGCACACAUUGAUGGAGAUGAGUUUUCAGCUCGCAUUCUGACUGAUGACACAGAGUACAAUGUGGAGCCCUUAUGGAGGUUUACAGACACCCCCACUGAUGGCAGGCUGCUAGUGUAUCGCUCUGAAGACAUCAAGAAUUUGAGCCGCAUCGCCUCUCCAAAAGUGUGUGGUUACAUGCACGCAGACACCAAAGACCUGCUGCCAGAGUCCACCAGGGCGGGUUGGGACGAGCCUGAGGUGACGGACAAGAUUAACGAUUUCCACCACCGAGAAAAGCGUGACGUCCACGACCACAAGAAGAACACCUGCCAUCUGUUGCUGGUGGCAGAUCACCGCUUCUUUCAACACAUGGGGCGUGGACAAGAGAGCGUCACUCUCAACUAUCUGAUUGAGCUGAUCGAUCGCGUCGAUGACAUUUACCGAAACACAACCUGGGAUGACGAGUUCAAAGGUUACGGGGUCCAAAUAAAUCAGAUAAUCAUCCACAAGGAGGCCACAAGACCUCCUCUUGGCCAUGUUGGUACCGGCUGGGUCCACUACAACAUGGACAACAGUCCUGUGCGUGGGAAGGUGGUGUGGGAUGUCAAGAAACUUCUGGAGCAAUUCAGCUCAGACAUAGCUGAGAACGCCUCCACUGUGUGUCUGGCCCACCUCUUCACCUACCAGGAUUUUGAUGAAGGGACCCUUGGGCUUGCCUACGUGGCUCCCUCCAAACCUCAGGCCCCAGGAGGCCUCUGCCCUAAACCAUAUUAUCCAUCUCUGUCCGCCAAGAAGCCCAGUUACCUCAACACCGGCUUGACCACCACCAGGAAUUAUGGCAAAACUAUUUUAACAAAGGAAGCGGAUUUGGUGACCACUCAUGAGCUAGGUCAUAACUUUGGAGCGGAACACGAUCCGGAUGACAUUCCACACUGUGCUCCCAGUGAUGACCAUGGGGGCAAGUUUGUCAUGUACCCAAUUGCUGUGAGCGGAGACCAUGUCAACAACAAGCGUUUCUCCAACUGCAGCAAGAUCUCGAUCGGAAAGACGCUGCGCUACAAGGCUCCCUUGUGCUUCAAGGAAAGGAACAGCAAGGUGUGUGGGAACUCCCGAGUGGAAGAAGGGGAGGAGUGCGACCCGGGGUUGCUCCACCUCAUUGACGACCCUUGCUGCUCGUCCACCUGCAAGUUCAAAAAUGGCUCUGAGUGCAGUGACAUAAACAGUCCGUGCUGUAGGAACUGCAAGUUUGAACAGGCAGGAACAAGGUGCCAAGAGACCAUCAGUGCUACCUGUAAAGGCAUAGCCUCCUGCACUGGCAACAGCAGUCAGUGUCCACCGCCGGCAAAUGCUGCAGACAAUACGGUUUGCGUUGACAACGGUCGGUGCCGCAAUGGAGAGUGCAACCCAUUCUGUGAGGCCGUGUGGAACCUUCAGUCCUGUGCCUGCAAUGAAACCGAGGAUUCCUGCAAAGUCUGCUGCCGGGGGAAAAAUGGCACCUGCUCGCCAUUCAUCUUGACUAAUGGCAGUUUCCUUUACCUGCGUAAAGGAAAACCAUGCACUGUGGGCUUCUGUGUUGAGAAUGGAAAGUGCAUGAAGCAGGUGCAGGACGUGAUCGAGCGUCUUUGGGACUUUAUUGACAAACUGGACAUUAACACAUUUGGAAAGUUCCUGGCUGAUAACAUAGUGGGUUCUGUUGUCGUUUUCUCGCUCAUCUUCUGGAUUCCUCUUAGUAUUCUGGUUCACUGUGUGGACAAGAGACUCGACCAGCAGUAUGAAGAGAACACAAUGUCCCUCUUCGGCCCUCUCAAUAUAAGACUAAAGAGAUGAUCAUCGACCCAAGAACAAGGGAAAAGGAGCCACAUAGACCCCUGUUUAUUGAUGAGACUGAGGUGGAGAGGGUGAAAACCUUCAAGUUCCUUGGCACACACAUCAGCGAGGACCUCACCUGGUCUCACAACACCCAACAAAUUCUGAAGAAGUCCCAAAGGAGACUGUACUUCCUGAGAAGACUGAGGAAAUUUGGCAUGUCCACCACAAUCCUGAGUUGCUUCUACAGAUGCACUAUCGAAAGUGUCCUUACCGCCUCCAUCACUGUUUGGUACGGUAACUGUACAACACGUGAUAGGAAGGCACUCCAGCGGGUGAUCAAGACCUCACAGAACAUUGUUGGGGCAGCCCUCCCCUCACUGCAAGACAUUUAUACAUAUAGAGUCCUACGCAGAACACACAACCUCAUCAAGGACAGCACACAUCCACAACACUCAUUAUUCACACUCCUACCGUCAGGCAGACGCUACAGGAGUUUGAAGUCCAGGACCACAAGGCUGGCAAACAGCUUUUACCCACAGGCCAUCAGGCUUCUCAAUGAAGCACUCAGACACGCCGCACGCAACACACACUCAUAGCACUUUAUUUAUUUAUUUGUAUUAUUUACUUGUGUUAAUGUCUCUUCUGUUGUUGUUGCUUAAUUUAUUGGUAUUUAUGUAUAUGUGUUUAUGUUUCUUCUGUUCUUAUUCUUUCUUGUGUUUUUCUUUCUUUUCUUGGGAGAAUGAACAGAAUAAGAUUUUCAUUGCAUGGUAUAACUGCUGUUUUACCAUGCACAUGACAAUAAAACUCUCUUGAAUCUUGAAUCUUGAAAGUAAGAGUCUUAGGGUUCAACCUAAUAUUAGUGCCACGAUGAUAAUACGUAUAAUAGCUAUUCAUGUAUAAACGAAACAUGAGCUAUAUACAUCAGAUGUGUGUUUUAUGUGUUAUUGUUACACAAGUGAACAGAACACAGCUUUCAAUACAUUGCAAAGGCAAGACUAUGUAGAACAUCAGACACACUAUACUUAGAAUUCUUCUGGAAAGCUUUAAACAUCAUGUAACUAUCGCCUCAAAUUGCAAGUUCAUAAAAGUACUAUCUUGUGACGCUGAUAAAGCCUCAAAUAGCUCUAUGUACAACUAUUCCAUGAAAAUAGUUGUUCUUAAACAUGACUAAGAUAGAAUUUGCAAGCUUAACACGGUUCAAUAAAAUUGUUUCCUUUCAAAUCUAGGCAGUUAAAAGCAUGCUAUUCUGUCUUGCAAAUAUAAAUAACUUGUCAUGUGCUGAAAAGCUGCAUUGUACAGUAAAGUGUGAAGUAAUGCAUAACCCAGACAUCAGCAAUGCACGUAAGGAGACAUGACAGCAUGGCACCAUGAAGGCAGCGUUGGCCGCGAACUCCAUCUUGAGAGUUAACCACCUGUGGAAAAAGUUAGCAGUGGUCCUUAGGUGUGUUAACUUUAAUGUCAAGUUGACAGCCGGUUAAAGUUAACCGAGUUUUGGACAACAAGAUAACGUGCCGUUAAAGUUAACGGUCUGUUCAGUGUACUUAACCAGUGGUUAAAUAAAUAACAGAGUUUUGAACAACAGGGCCCAAGUCGCUACAGUAACCUUAAGCAUGUUAAAGGCUCUGCUCAUAUGAAAUCGACAGUAAUCACCAAGUGUACUAUUUCAUGAAAUGUUUGUAUUUAGUGGUGUAUUACUGUAUUUGAUGUCCUUUAUAUGUUCUCUCUACAGUAUGACUUAAGUGUUAAUGUAGGUAUGAGUUCCGACUUGUACAAAAAUUCAACUUACAUCGUACAUCCUUAUACUAAGGAGUAUUUAUUGCAAACAAAUGUAGCAAAAAUAGGAUAAUUGAUACAACUCUUGUAUUAGAUGUUCUAGUGUGUGGGAUGAUGUUCUACUGUAGUUUGUGGAAGAUAUUUAGAAAAUGUUUGUUGAUAAACACCUUUUAAAUGAUUUAACAUGAUCAUCUAUUAUGUGGAGGGACUUUUUCUUACAUUGACAUUGUCCAGAGGUCAGGAUAUAGUGGGACUUGUGUUCAGGAAAAAAAGGCUUGAACUGGAAGCUUAGCGAUGGGGCUCUCAGUCUGUACAGGCUGCAAGCUGUCAAUGACCUAUGCAUCACU